AUAAGAAUUUAUUGUUGAAAGGAAUUACAGCACUCGGCCCAACUUUAUGAGUGUCCAUUUCGCAGAAUAAUCGAGAAGUGUCUAGAUGCAAACCUUGGUAAUCAGCACGACAGUCGCCUGGUGUGUUUUGCACCCGGUUUUGUUUCUUACCGGACACUUUAUAAGUGACACUCAACAACAUUCCAUCACUAAGUUCAAUUAAACGAGAAGACGUUCGCGCUACGCUGAGAAGGACUGACCAAGAUCUAAUAAAAUGGACCCUUGCGACUGCACCAAGACUGGAACCUGCAACUGCGGCACAUCAUGCACCUGCCUAAACUGCUCCUGCACAACAUGCAAGAAAAGUUGUUGCGAGUGCUGUCCAGUAGGCUGCAACAAGUGCGCCUCCGGGUGCGUGUGCAAAGACAAUGGCUGCGGUACAAAUUGUUGCCAGUGAGGACUAUGUCUCAAACGCUUCCUAAUGGGGGGGCUUGUUGGAAGGGACCAAAGUAAUUUGUUAAUUGCUGUACUCUUCCCAAAUAAACUGCAUCUUCUCUA